AUGAACCGCGAUUUGACUCCAGCUCGCAUCUGCUCAUUGCCUGCCGAUGCGUUUUACAUCCCCGACUUUAUCUCCGAGGAAGAGGAGGCUUUGCUACUCCAGAAGGUAGGAGGCGCCCCUCGUCCUCGCUGGACUCAUCUCUCGCGUCGCAGAUUGCAAACCUGGCCAUCGUCACUCACCAAAAGCAACACUCUUCUCGAUUCGUCUCUGCCGUCUUGGCUCAUCACCCCCAUCAUCGAACCCCGCUUCCACGCCUUGGGCAUCUUUACUGAUUCGCCCCACAAGAGUCCAAACCAUGUCUUGGUCAAUGAGUACCGGCCAGGCCAGGGGAUCAUGCCGCACGAAGACGGAGCCGCGUACUACCCAAUUGUGGCAACCGUCAGCCUGGGGGCACCGAUCGUACUAGACAUUUAUCCGAAGAACGAUCCCGCAGAGAGAAGAAACCCUCAGUUCCGCAUUCUGCAGGAAAGGCGAAGCUUGCUAGUUACAAAAGAACGACUUUAUUCUGAUUUCUUACAUGGUAUUGCCGAGGUCACCAGAGAUGAAGAUCUCGGUGCACAGUCUAUCUGUAAUUGGGGGCUGCUGGGCGACCCCGGGCCAUUCGAGGUUGGCUCGUACGCACGGGAGACGAGGACGAGCUUGACCUUUCGAGAUGUGCUAAAGGUUGCUAAGAUGGGGAAGACAUUGAACUUCUUGGGCGGGCCAAAAUGA